AUGAGCCAAAUCGACGUGCAGCUCAAGGAUGUCGCCAUCCUGGGCGCCAUCCCUAACGAUGCCCGCAAGAUCCUCACCAAGGAAGCUUGCGCCUUCCUGGCCAUCCUCCACCGCACCUUCAACCCCACCCGGAAAGCCCUCCUCCAGCGCCGGAUUGAUCGCCAGGCCGAGCUCGACAAGGGUCACCUCCUCGACUUCCUCCCAGAGACCAAGCACAUCCGUGAGAAUGACGCCUGGAAGGGUGCUCCUCCCGCUCCCGGUCUGGUCGACCGUCGCGUGGAGAUUACCGGCCCGACAGACCGGAAGAUGGUGGUGAAUGCGCUGAACGCCGAUGUCUGGACCUACAUGGCGGAUUUUGAGGACUCAAGUGCCCCAACCUGGGAGAACAUGAUCAACGGUCAGGUCAACUUGUACGACGCCAUUCGUCGCCAGAUCGACUUCAAGCAGGGCAAUAAGGAAUACAAGCUGCGCACCGACCGCACCCUCCCGACUUUGAUCGCCCGUGCCCGUGGCUGGCACCUGGACGAGAAGCACUUCACCGUCAACGGAGAGCCGAUCUCCGGUAGUUUGUUCGACUUCGGUCUCUACUUCUUCCACAACGCCAAGGAGCUGGUGGCUCGCGGGUUCGGGCCUUACUUCUAUCUGCCCAAGAUGGAGUCUCAUCUGGAGGCCAGACUGUGGAACGACGUCUUCAACCUGGCUCAGGACUACAUUGGCAUGCCUCGCGGAACCAUCCGUGGUACUGUCUUGAUCGAGACCAUCAGCGCUGCGUUCGAGAUGGAUGAGAUUAUCUACGAACUCCGUGAACACAGCUCGGGUCUGAACUGCGGUCGCUGGGAUUACAUCUUCUCCUUCAUCAAGAAGUUCCGCAAGCACCCCAACUUUGUCCUUCCCGAUCGUUCGGACGUCACCAUGACUGUGCCCUUCAUGGAUGCCUACGUGAGACUGCUGAUCAAGACCUGCCACCGUCGUGGCGUUCACGCUAUGGGUGGUAUGGCCGCUCAGAUCCCCAUCAAGGACAACCAAGCUGCCAACGACAAGGCCAUGGAAAGCGUGCGCGCCGACAAGCUGCGUGAGGUUCGUGCUGGUCACGACGGUACCUGGGUGGCACACCCGGCUCUCGCCGCCAUCGCUUCCGAGGUAUUCAACAAGCACAUGCCCACUCCCAACCAGCUCUUCGUGCGCCGUGAGGACGCCCACGUUACCGCCAAUGAUCUCUUGAACACCAACGUGCCCGGCAAGAUCACUGAGGAGGGUAUCCGCAAGAACCUGAACAUCGGUCUCUCCUACAUGGAAGGCUGGCUCCGUGGAGUCGGAUGUAUUCCGAUCAACUACCUGAUGGAGGACGCUGCCACCGCCGAAGUGUCUCGCAGUCAGCUCUGGCAAUGGACCUACCACGGCGUCACCACGUCGGAGGGCAAGAAGGUCGACAAGGCAUAUGCGCUGCGUCUGCUGAAGGAGCAGGCCGACAGCCUGGCUGAGAAGGGUCCCAAGGGCAACAAGUACCAGCUGGCAGCACGCUACUUCGCCGGUCAGGUGACGGGCGAGGACUAUGCGGAUUUCUUGACCAGCCUGUUGUACAACGAGAUUUCGUCAGCGGGCCAGGUGUCCAAGCUGUAAUUGCGUUAUGAUUUGUAUGAUUAUACCAUGGAGCAUUUGAUUCUUUUUAAUUUCCUUUGUUUAGUUCCAAAUGAGCAUCAGGAUUAUGUGCAUCAGUGUUGUCUGUUAGUCAUGCCCUAUCUAGGUGGAUCCUCCUAGUAUGACGGUCUUUAGUAGGGUCUUAGUUUAGUGCAAUAAAAUCAACAUGGACCAUCUGAAAAGGAAGUAAUUGGGCCGCAGAAAUGUCAACCAGUUUAGAAGAUGCGUUAGUGCAUUUAGUGCUCAUGCUAGUCCUCGGAGUACUAGCGUAAUGGGGGAGUUCGCAUGUAUCCAGUUAUGGCAGUCAAUUUUUGGACAACAACAGGUUCCAAUUUAUUAAAUAAUAAUUUUAAAAACAAUUUUAAAGUCUAACUCAUCGGAUAGGCUUAGCUGGCAGAAGUGAUCCAAGUGAUCAUCUGAGGUACAA